AUGACAUCUGCAUACUACUUCGCAGCGCACUUCAACAUGCCUAUAGCGCGGACAAACGAACCAACACUGAUGUCUACCACUACGCUCAACAACCCAUCACCCUUGGACAAAGGCGCCAUACCGUCUGAGAGGCCUCACCCAUCUCAACAACCUCGAAACCGCUUCUCGAGAAGUGAUCAAACAGACUCCCUAUUCUUCCGUCUCCCCGCCGAACUACGAAACCAAAUCUACGAAGAACUCCUCUGCGCCGGCACACCCAGCAGCAAAGCUCUAGCCACCGAUCCCAUCAACGCAGUUGCUGGGAAAUCCACCCCAGUAUAUCCUGCAAUUCUCUCAACCUGCAAAAGAAUACACGAGGAAGCACAGGACCUACCAUACACAACCCACAUCUUCAACGCCCACGCCUCAAUUCUCACAUCACUGCCUCAUCUCAUCUCGCCCGCGAAACCCGUCUUGAACACCACCCACAUCAGCAAAAUCCGUCGCUGGAAACUCAACCUCAGACUAGAUACUGAUCCGCGGUUUUCAGCAAAAAGUGUCACGGCAGCUUUUACGGGUGCGGAGUACUUGGAAAUUCACGUCUGGCAGAGCAUGUUCAACGGGUGUGAUGCUAGUGUGUUGAGACUCUUUUGGGGGAUUAGGGGCGUGGGUGUGGCCAGAAUUACGGGGUGUGCGGAUGAGGCGCUUGCGAGAUGGUUGGAGGAGAGAAUGAUGAGGCCAUGGUCUGCGAAGGAGGAUGAGGGGUGUAUGUGUGAAGAGGUGUUUUGUGGGAAGUGUGGGAAGAAGGUUAGUGGAGGUGAGAUGGAGUGGUUUGUGAGAAGCGAGAGGGAUGCUUGGACGUUUGGGAAUCGUUGAGGGGGGUUUACGCAGAUAGAGGGGGGUUCUUUUCUUUUGGGUUAGGUUUCUAUUGCGGUCAUAUAUUAGAUGGUUCUUAUAGUCUUUUCUAAAAUACAUGACUCUGC